GAAUUUAGUUGAAUUUUAGCAAGCGACAAACGAGCUACAAACGUAUUAAAGCAAACUAAUUUAGUUUUGAAAUGUUCUUAUCUAAGCAACAGAAAAAACAAAUCUUUAAAACGCCUGUAGAGUGCCGCAAAUAAAACUGGAAUAAGGCACAACAAAAUUAACUAAAUAGUGUUUGAAAUGGUUCAAGGUCUGUGGACUGCCAUUUUGCUGUUAAGUAGUGCCACCUUUGGCUGGAAUUUUCCGGUAAAAAAAAAUAUUCUUGACAAAAGUUGUCCGUACCUUGGCAGUUGCAAUUCUACGAUCAAUGAGCUUCAUAUUGACACGCUAAUGGAAUACGUGGACAGCGAAAAGAAUCCAUGCGAUGACUUCUAUGCUUAUGCCUGCGGUAAAUGGCGGGAAAAACAUGAGGCCCACACAACGGCCACGACAUUAAGCGAAACAGAGAUAAAUCGCCAGUAUGAGGACCUCUUUAGCUACCUGUUAGGGAAUCUAAGUGCCCCAGAGCAUGGUUAUCCCUUUUACAGCAAGGUACUGACCCACUUUCAGAACUGCACUGCCCUUGAAGGGCCCAAUCUGAGGCGGUACAUAGAUCUUUUGGGCCAGGAUCUGCUGUCCUCCCUGGGCUCCACGCACUGGAUGAACGUGUUGGCUGUUUUGGGGCGGUACGGCUACCACGGGCACUAUGUGCAGAUGGAAGUGCGGUGGCACAACGCAAGUCACCACAUGAUCUUCCUGUUGCCGCACAAUCGUGACGUGAAUCUAAGCCUAACUUCGGAGAUCUACAAUGCCAUAAGUCAGGUUGGCCCUUCCUGGCCCCCUCUCGAUCAGCUGAAAGAUCAGUUUGAAAAUCUUGAGCAAAAUUUGAUCAGAUUGGCAAAGUCACAUUCAGCUGACGAUACCUUCCGUAAAUACAGCCUUGACCAGAUUCGGAAUGAAGUGACUGAACUGGAGUGGGACGAGGUGUUCAGAAAGCAGCUGGGCAGAUCGAUGGGAGCGGAUCACGUAUUCCAAGUGGACGACUUGCCUGCCAUUAAAGGGCUCGUGGAUUACCUAAACAAAACGGAUACCCUGUUGCUCAACCGGUACAGCGUGGCGAGGUUUCUCAGCCAUUUGCUGGAACUGCCGCACAACCCAGUGGCCAACUGGGUAAACGGUAGGAGGUCAAGGGGUAUGGACUGCAUCCGGCAUAUGCGUCGGUCUCUCUACCUUCCGAUGAACUACGUUUACGAAAGGAGCUUUUAUGCCCGCCGUCGAAGCGCCGACGAAUUAGUCAUACACAGUGUGUUUAAGCAGUUGCAGGAGCAGCUUGAGCUAAGGGUGCAAGGUAACGCCUUGAACUUGAGCCAGGAGUUGGUAAACAAUCUGAAGGCAAAGGUGCACCACAUGCGCAUAAACGUGGGCAACCUGCCGCCCAACGUUUCUGAGCAGUUCUAUUGGGCCAGCGACCAGCGGUGGAACGUGGGCCGCGACUUUUACGAAAACCACCUGAAUAGCCUUUUGUACUACUACACCCUCGUUUCGGAUCUUGAGGGCAGCACCAAUCAAAAAGAGCGGAAAAUCUGGUACAGCUUUAACAUGCAUACGCCCGAGUUCCCCGACAACAUCGACGCUACGCCGUACUUUUAUUGCCUUGGCAACAUCAUUUUUGUGCCGUACUCCUACGUAAAGCGACCCUUCUUCUACGCCGGCUUCUGGCCGGCCCUGCUCUAUGGCGAUCUGGCCAAUACCCUGGGCCACGAGAUGAUGCACGCCUUCGACACGGACCUGGUGGACUACGAUGCACAGGGCAACUUGAGAAAUUUUAGCGACCAGCUCGGCCAGGUUGAGCUGUACAACAGUGCAGUCGGCUGCCUGAACACCAGCGCCGUGAUGCUAAACGAGCGCACGUCUGACGUCAGCGGUUCCCGGCUGGCCUUGCAGACGUAUGGAGGCGAAUGGCUGUCCCGCCUGGACAACGGUCGGCUCUACUUCCUGCAGUUCGCACAUUUCUUCUGCGGCGACAAGGGCGACCAGUACCACGACUCAGGCAGUCAGCGUCUCAACUACUCCCUCAGCCAGGUGCCACAAUUCGCUGAGAUUUUUGAGUGCCGAAAUGGGACCGGCAUGAGGUCUACGGACCAGUGCCCCUUCUGGUAGCGGAUCCCAAAGAUUCCUAGACUAAGUUGGUGUAUAGCUUUUAAAACUGACCCCAAGUAUUGUGAAUAAAUUUUUAUGUUUAGCAAAACCUA